GAGCGCGGCUGGAGGGGAGCGGACGGGAGAUGCAUCACUGUAAGAGGUACCGGUCCCCGGAGCAGGAGAACUACCUGGGGCACAGGUGGAAGAGGAAGAGGUCUCGAAGCAGAGACUACUAUGAGGGGAGGCUGCGAUACCCACCCCGCAGGGAGCUGGCCAGGAGGUCACGAUCGAGAAGCCACGAGAGGAUGCCUUACCAGCGGAGGUACCGGCGGGACAGCGAGGCCUACCGCUGCGAGGAGCACAGCCCCUCCUUCGCCGAGGACUUUUACCCCAGCCGCCCGCACCACUGGCGCCGCUCCCGGGGCAGGGAGCAGCACCGGCCCAAGAAGCACCAACACUACUGCAGGAAACGCAGGAGCAGGUCUUGUAGCAGUGCCUCCUCGAGGAGCCAGCAGAGCAGUAGGCGCAGCAGGAGCGUGGAAGAUGACAAAGAAGGUCACCUGGUGUGCAGGAUCGGCGAUUGGCUUCAAGAGCGAUACGAAAUCGUCGGCAGCCUCGGAGAAGGCACUUUUGGCAAAGUGGUGGAGUGCGUGGACCAUGCCAGAGGCAAGUCUCAGGUGGCUCUGAAAAUCAUCAAGAACGUUGGGAAGUACCGAGAAGCAGCCAGGCUGGAAAUCAAUGUCCUGAAAAAAAUCAAAGAGAAGGACAAGGACAACAAAUUCUUGUGUGUCCUGAUGUCAGACUGGUUCAACUUCCACGGCCACAUGUGCAUUGCCUUUGAGCUGCUGGGCAAGAACACCUUUGAGUUCCUGAAGGAGAACAACUUCCAGCCCUACCCUCUGCCUCAGAUCCGGCACAUGGCCUACCAGCUCUGCCACGCCUUGAGGUUUCUGCAUGACAACCAGCUGACCCACACCGACCUGAAGCCGGAGAACAUCCUCUUUGUCAACUCGGAUUUCGACACUCUGUACAACGAGAAGAAGAGCUGUGAGGAGAAGUCCAUCCGGAACACGAGCAUCCGCGUGGCAGACUUCGGCAGCGCCACCUUCGACCACGAGCACCACACCACCAUCGUGGCCACCCGGCACUACCGCCCCCCAGAAGUCAUCCUGGAGCUGGGCUGGGCACAGCCCUGCGACGUGUGGAGCACUGGCUGCAUCCUCUUCGAGUACUACCGCGGCUUCACCCUCUUCCAGACCCACGAGAAUCGGGAGCAUCUUGUGAUGAUGGAGAAGAUCCUUGGGCCCAUUCCAUCUCACAUGAUCCACAAAACUCGGAAGCAGAAGUAUUUCCACAAUGGGAAUCUGGUGUGGGAUGAGAACACCUCUGAUGGGAGAUACGUCCAAGAGAACUGCAAGCCCCUGCGGACCUACAUGCUGCACGACUCGCUGGAGCACGCCCAGCUCUUUGACCUGAUGAGGAGGAUGCUGGAGUUCGACCCCUGCCGCAGGAUCACCUUCUCAGAAGCCCUCCUGCACCCCUUCUUCGCGGGGCUGUCGGCCGAGGAGCGGCUGCUGUGCGGGCGAGGAGCCAGCAGGGACCUGAGCAGAUGACGGCCGGGGAGGGCAGCUGUGUAGGG